AAAGAGCUGAUCCGAAAGAGACGUGAAGAGCUCAAGCAUGCUCAGGACAUCCGCGAAAUGUAUGAGAGUAAGUUGAAACGGACCAACAAAAUGUACUCCAAGCUGACCGAAUGUAUGAACGAGUUGCUACUGAAAGAAAAGGAACUGGACCAGCGACUGCGAAUGCUUGAUGAACAACAACGUUACUAUCCAUAUUUGUAUCCAAGCACAAGCCGACCUACUGUAGUUCGCGCUGGACCACGAACUAUGAGGGGCUCAGAGCAAGAGUACGUAUCUACUGCACCGCAGUCGACGCUUCUUACGGUAUGGACGUAUCGUCAAGUGAGGAGGAACUACCUGAGUAUGUUCGCGGCUCCCCGUAUAGAUGUAGUCAGGCCAGUAGCCUUCUCUCGUAGCCCUUACAUGCGGCAUUCCUCUUCUUCGCAACAUUGUUCCGAGCUUGUUCGGAACUCACCAGCACGGACCAGUGGAAUGUCUGAAGACAGUGGUGUACAUAUGUGGAAUGAACCUCCUGUGCUUCAGGGAGGACAACCAGUAGGUGUCAUUGAUACCUUUUCCGUUGUCUACUCACAGACCAUAUUCCGUAAUGUGGAUGGUCGUUGGUCAGAUAGUCGAAUAGUACAGCGAAGGAAACCAAAGCGUUCAACAAACACAAACUUCCAACGGGAUAGUCCAGCUCGAAUACCGCAAAGUAGGUCCAAGCCCUUGAUUUUUGUACGGCAUGCGCACCCCGGAAGACAUUCUCAGGGAAGAAAAAAGCGGGGUUUGCCACAAAAGGGCGUGGCCAGGAGAUCUCUAGAGCUCUUCUUAAAUCAUUAUGUUUCAGGUCGUUCCAAACAACGAGCUUCCUAUCCAUCGCCCAUGCAUCUAGAUCUGGAAAGUUGCUGUACGUGUAACAAUGAGAAUUGCCCCCGACAAUUACGGUAUGUUCCUGCGUCUUACUGUAGCAUUUCCAUCAAUCAGCUAUCGACUAGGGCCCGUUCAAUGAUCCAUGAACGUUUAUCCCAUUCACCGACGUCUUGCGAGGAUCCAACCGAACUGAGCGUUACAAAUCUGCCGGCAUCUACUUCUUACGAGGAGGCACUUCGACAUGCGGCGGAUUUACCAUCUUCAUCGUCUGAACAUCGUUUGGCUACUGUAGUUGAGCCAACGUCUUCGAAAAAUAUGGGCUAUACAAAUCCAAUCUUCAUCUCACCCGUCACCUCAUUUGACCAUCCAAUGUCAUCACCCGAAUCACCAACAAGUCCGAUAUCGCCCAUAAGUCGAAAACCAUCUGGACAAAUGGCCAACGUCGAUCCAAAUAUCAAUUUGUUCUCGCUUGACGAUGAUAAUUCUCACGAGCGCAAAGAACAUAAUCAGUCGGACGCAUCGGGAGAAAAUAGCACGGAUGACGAAAAAGACGAAGAGAAUGGAAAUGUCUUGGAUUCAUCACUGGAUUCACAGAAAGCUUUUAGCGCUUUGACAAAAACCAGCAGCGAAGAGGACAGUUCUGGGAAACGGAAACGCGAAUUAAUUAUGCUGACGUCCUCGUCAACCAUGGCUUCAUCAUUGGAACGAUCUCUCGAACAAGGCGCUAUGCAUUCCGAUGGACUUAGCGAUAAGGAACGUCGCGUACGGGCUGUCAAAAACACAAUCCGCGGACAUCGGCGGACACAAUCGGUAUGUGGAGAAUUUCGGAAAAUUCGCAGUUUUCUGUGA